CCAUGGCCGGUGCCGGUGCUCGGUGCCUCCCUCCCACCCCCCGCGGGGCGGAGCCGGGUCCCGGUGCCAGGUCCCGGUGCCAGGUCCCGGUGCCAUGGGGCUGCACGCGCUGCUCGGCGUCGCCUUCCUCAUCCUCAUCCCCCUCCUCUUCCUCGCCCGGCUCCUGCUGCGCCCCGCCGGCUCCAGCCCCUUCGCUGCCGAUGCCCGGCGCCCGCCGGCCCCGCUCGUCACCGACAAGGCGCUGCGCAGGAGCGUCGUGAAGACGGUUUUCUCUGCAGACAAGGUGCCGGAGCAGCUCGAUGCCAUCGUGGUGGGCAGCGGCAUCGGGGGCCUGGGAGCCGCGGCACUGCUGGCCAAGGCAGGCAGGAGGGUGCUGGUGCUGGAGCAGCACGGGAAGCUGGGCGGCUGCUGCCACACCUUCACUGAGAAGGGCUUCGAGUUUGACACCGGUAUCCACUACGUGGGGCGGAUGCAGGAGGGCUCCAGCCUGCGCUUCCUGGUGGACCAGCUGACGGAGGGGCAGCUGGAAUGGGUCCCACUGCCGCCGGUGUUCGAUGCGGUGCUCCUGGGGGAGCCGGGCAGCACCAGGACCUACCGGCUCCAUUCCGGCCGGGAGAGCUACUUCCAAGGCUUGAAGCAGCAGUUUCCUGGGGAGGAGGCUGCUAUUGAGGAGUUCGAGCGCUUGGUGAAGGGUGCCAGCAGAGGGGCCCUGCUGCUGGUGCUGCUGAAGCUGGUGCCACCGGCGCUGGCAUCGCUGCUGUGCCGCUCGCGGCUGCUGCCCUGGCUCUGCCCCUUCGCCCGCCUGGCAUCCCACAGCCUGCAGGACGUGGUGGCCACACUGACACCCAACCGUGAGCUCAGGGCCGUGCUCAGCUACAUCUUCCCCACCUAUGGCGUGGUGCCCUCCAAGGCCAGCUUCUCCAUGCACAGCAUCCUGGUGGACCAUUUCCUGUGUGGCGCCUGGUAUCCCAAAGGAGGGGCUGGUGAAAUCGCCUUCCACACCAUUCCUGUCAUCCGGAAAGCUGGAGGCGACGUGUUCGGAAGGGCACCGGUGCAGAGCAUCCUGCUGGACUCCCAGGGCAAAGCCUGUGGUGUGAGCGUGAGGAAGGGUCAGGAUCUGGUGAACAUCUUUGCUCCCAUCAUCAUUUCGGAUGCCGGGAUCUUCAACACCUACGAGCGGCUCCUGCCGGCGGAGGCACAGGCAUUGCCUGAGAUCCAGUCCCAGCUCCGCAUGGUGACACACGGCGAAGGCGGUUUCACCAUCUUUGUGGGUCUUAAUGGCUCAAACGAAGAGCUGGGGCUGGAGCCCACCAACUACUACAUAUAUCAAGGACAUGACCUGGAUGAAAUGAUGAGGCACUACCUGUCCUCCGCCAGAGAGGAGGCUGCCAAGAGCAUCCCCAUGCUGUUUGUCAGCUGCCCAUCGAGCAAGGACCCCACCUGGGACAUGAGGCACCCAGGUAAAUCCACCUUGGUCGUCGUGACCUUCGCCAGGUACGAGUGGUUUGAGGAGUGGGAGGACAAGCAGGUCCAUAAGCGAGGGGAUGACUACGAGGAGCUGAAGCAGAGCUUUGUGGACACCAUCAUGCGGACGGUCUUCAAGCUGUACCCUCGCAUCGAGCACAGGAUCGAGUACCUGUCCAGCGGGACACCCCUCACCAACCAGCACUACAUUGCCAGCCCCAGAGGGGAGUUCUAUGGGGUUAACCACGACAUGACCCGUCUGCAGGCUGAAGCCAUCGCAGCCGUGAGGGCACAGACGCCUGUCCCCAACCUGUACCUGACAGGGCAGGAUCUGUGCUUGGGGGGCUUCGCGGGAGCCCUGCAAGGAGCCGUCGUCUGCGCCAGCUCCGUCCUGGGCCGCAACCUCUACCUGGACAUGGAGCUGCUCAAGUGGCGCACGGGGGGCACCAGCACCAGGAAGAGGGAUUGAGACCCCACAUCCCACCGGAUCCCCCCUCGCUUCGCUCCCCCCUAUAGCACUUCCCUACUAUCGCCAAGCCCAGGAGGGCACUGGUCCCAUUUCCAGGCUCUCGUGCCCCUCUGCACUGAUCCCUGCCCCACUCCAAAGGUCAAACCCCUCAUCCUGGUGCAGGGACAGGGGUCAAGGCAAUCCCAAACCCCGGCUGCACCAGAUCCAACCGGGGCUGCUUGAUCCCCACCAGUGUCCAAAGCUGCUGGACCACUGGAGGAGCAUCACCCUCCGCCUGCAUCCCCAGAGCCGCAGCAUCCAUGGGGAUGGUUCCUCCUGUGUGAUGCUGCAUUGGGCUCCAAGGCUCUGGAGGAGCUCAUGGGCACGAUCCUGCAGGCAGGAACCUGCUCCUGCCUCACCAGGGUGGUGGAUUAAGUAAAUCCUCACAUGCCAGGGCUGGGUGUGCCGGGUUUAAGAUGGGAUUAAAGCUAAAGCUCAACAGUGCGUGGUGCUUCCGGAGCGGUGCCCAGGAGCAGGAUGCAGCCCCAUGGCAUUGCCACCCCCCAUUGCCUGUGCAAACACUGAUUCCAAAUCUGGGAGAAGCUUGGGAACGGGAUCAAAGCCCUCUGCACAUUAAUAAAAGCAUCCUCAUCAU